ACCAGCAAAUGGUACAUCUUGUGCUCUUAUUGGGAAAAGGAGAGUAAUUUUACUUUCUAGCUCAAGAAAAUGGCCGAGCAGGCAAAAGAGAGCCGGUCCUUUGUCAAGACUAAAGUUGCUAGUCUUGCCAGCUCUAGAAAACUCACUAAAUUGGUCAAAGAGCCGAAGACAUCUCAAAAGCUGGUUCCCUCUUUAUUUAUGUCUAAAAUGAGUCUCAGUACUCAAGAGAGACUUCAAGCGACGAGAGAGGUCUACCCACCAAAGAUCAUAGAACUACUGGACAUAGGAGCCAGCACGACUAACAAGGAUUUUUCAGUCGAUAUUGAUCAAGCUUUGUUUCAACCUUUUCCGUCAGAACUGAUCUUUCAACAGUUGGUCCCAAACACUUCUUAUGAGAUGAUAUUAACACUAAAGAACCUUGAUAGAGUAGCAAGACAUGUUAAAGUUACAGAGAAGGACUCACCUUAUUUUAUUGUUACCAGUAGUAGACCAGUAGGACAAAAGAUUGCCCCCGGAAUGGAAGCUACUUACAUUGUACAGUUCACACCAACUGAGGAUAAGGAUUAUUAUCAUGAGUUAGUUUUUGUUACUGAGAGAGAGAAGUUUGUUGUUCCAGUCUCUGGUCUAGGCUCAAGGGGUGUCCUUGACUUCCCUGAUGAUAUUCACUUUACAUCAUCACCAGUUAAAUACAAGUCAUGCAAGACUAUUCUGGUAAGGAAUGUUGGCAAGAAAGAAGCUAAUUUCAAACUAGAAACAAACAA